AUGACAAGCAUAGCAAAUCUUCCGACCGAAUUACUUGAGCAAAUGAUUUCAUACUUGGACUAUCCGUCAUUAUUAAAUUGUCUGUAUCAAAAUCAUAAAUUCUUUUCUUUAACUAUUCCAUUGGUUUGGAAGAAUUUAGGUGAAAGUUAUUGGGGAAGCACAGCGAAAACCCCUUUACGUUGGCAUUUAAUAUCAAACACGUUAUCUUCCUCGGAGUAUAAUUUCAUUAAUUACGCAAAUUUCGUACAAAAGAUCGAUUUGUCUUGCACCUUUUCCCCCGCUUUUCGUAUACCAAAGCAAACUUUAUUUCAUCUACUCAUCCAUGGUAUUAAGCUUCGAGAGGUUUAUUUUGAGUAUCAUAAAGAAUCUUCUAAUGUUGAACCUUUUGAAUGUUUAAAUGAAAUCCUUUCUCCUUCCUUUAUUGAUCAUCAUGACAAUUCCGUUUCACCAACGUUAAUCAUCUCAUUGUUCUCAAAAUAUAUUAAUACUUUAGAAGAAUUGACCUUAAAGAUCAUGUACGAAUUAAAUCCUUUACCUAUGGAUGAUUUGAGAUAUUUAGUAAUCAAUAAUAUAAACUUAAAACACAUGGACUUGUUUACUUUACAAGGUGCAAGGGUUCUUGAUGAAGAAAAUUUGAAUACAUUCAGGUCAAAUGGCGAGUUACCUAACGCUGACUAUUGGUGGACCGAUGGGAUAAUUUAG